AUGGUAAAGGGUAUUUCUGUCAAGGAUGCCGACCACAAGCAUAAAGUAAAGCGUCUGAAGAAGAAAGUUAAAAAGGCUGACAAGGUAGAAGCGUCUACCACCCAGGAUUCCUCAACGACUCCAGUUCAAACCGAUGAAAUAAGAUAUCUCCGCUAUUCUGUGAGCGAGCGCUACCCUACUCCUCGGCAGCUGUUCCUGAAGUUUGACAAGUCCAAUGAGUUCUCACUCAUUGUUGGAAAUGUACCGGCUUACUUGCCCAAGGGCUUUGUUGAAGGCUUUCUGAAGCAAUUUGUGCAAGUGCCUAUUACUGAAGUCAUAGAACAAAGAAGCAAUGCAUUGGAUGGAUCUCUCAAUCAUGGCCAACUUACUUUAUCGGUGCGUUUUGAAGAUCCAAAAGGCGUUAGUCUCGCGCUUUCACAAUGUCAAGAAGCAGGACCAUUUCGAGUGUGUGACUUUGUCGACCCCGAAGUGCCAUCGAUUCUGUUGCACUUCUAUCGCAAACUUUUCCCUUCUGCGGAGGAAAUACAAAAAUCAGCCAUGGAUUUCAUCCAGAAGCAAGAUGAGGAAAUGCAGGAGGCUAAGAAAGCUGCGAAACGGAAGCUAACAGAACCAGACGAGGAGGGCUGGAUUACCGUGACGAAAGCCGCAAAACGGGUCGAUAUCGCAUUUUACUCGUUCGACAAGAAGAACACCAAACGAAAAGACAUUGAGGUAGAUCAGAGCGGUGACACCGAUGAUGUCGGUACCGACACGCCCAACGAGGAAAUCAACGGGGAGGACACAGGAGCGACACCGAUCCACACUUUCCAAAAAGUACCAUCUCGUGCAUCACCAAGU